GAAUCGCUUUGACCCGGUUCCUGUUCCGCUCCGUCUCGCCGAUUCUCUCAUUCCUCGUUCACACCGCGCCUCGCUCGCUGCUUCCCGGGCUCGAGCGAAAUCCCCGCGCCUCGCUCGUGCGCGCACGCACGCACGCUCCUGGUCUUUUCCUUCAAAGUCCGAGUGAGGUUCUAGAUCCGAUCUCCAUCGCCUCCGCGAAUAGUAGUCAAAGCUCAUCUUCUCCGACCGCGUCAAGCGCCGUCGCUGUCAGCCGAAAUCUCGAACCUCGCCAUCGCGAGGAGGUAACAUCGCUACAUUUUCCCCUCCUCCUCCUCGUCCUCCUCGUCGAUCGAAGUCGUCUCCCUCGAUUUUACCGAAGAAUCCGCGUCGUUUGACGCUCUAGUCUUGGUCAGCUCGGGAGCUCGCUGCGUAGUCGAAUUGGUCGCGGGAGCCCUCUCUUGUCCGCUUCUUCUCCCGCUUAUAUAAUCGGUUUCGUUUGACCUAGCUUUGGAGAUUCAUCGGUCUGGAAUGAUCUGAUUUUGCGCGUCCGAAGGAGAGUUCUGGUCCGAGUCUCUGUCGAUUCGGUUUUUGUGGAGAUGCUUUGGAUUUGAUUCGGGCGGAAAGGUCGGGAGAUCUCGAAAUCGUUUUAGAGACAGCAAGAGAGAGAGAGAGAGAGUCUGUGAGCUCGGUGAACAUGACGUCGGGCUCGCGGAUGCCGACAUGGAGGGAGAGAGAGAACAAUAAGAGGAGGGAGAGGAGGAGGAGAGCCGUAGCUGCGAAAAUAUUCUCAGGGCUUCGGAUGUACGGGAACUACAAGCUCCCGAAGCACUGCGACAACAAUGAAGUCCUCAAGGCUCUCUGUGACGAGGCUGGUUGGAUUGUGGAAGCCGACGGCACCACAUAUCGGAAGGGUUGCAAACCUGUAGAGCAUGUGGAUAUGGUGGCUAGAUCUGAAACAGUGAGUCCGUCUUCUUCUUACUACCCAACCCACAACCCAAGCCCAGGCUCAUCAUCUUUUCCAAGUCCUGCCUCGUCCUUCUACGCAGCCAAUGCUAAUGCAGAUGGUAGUUUCCUAAUUCCAUGGCUCAAGAACUUUUCCUCUGCUUCAUCAUCAGCCUCCUCUUCGAAGCUCCCUCAUCUCUAUAUCCCUGGAAGCUCAAUCAGUGCUCCUGUCACACCUCAUUUGAGCUCUCCAACCGCUAGAAGCCCCAGAAUUAAGACUGGCUUGGAUGACCAAUCCACCCGCUUUGGCUGGGGUGAGCGCUACUCCUUCAUGCCAUCUUCCACCCCACCGAGCCCUGGCCAUCAGAUCCUUCCUGACCCAGAAUGGAUUUCUAGAAUCCAAAUUCCCCAAGGAGGCCCAGUGUCUCCCACUUUUACGCUCGUCUCAUCCAAUCCUUUUGGCUCAAAGCAAGAGGUGUUGGCUGGGGGUGGAUCUCGUACAUGGACACCUGGGCAAAGUGGAACAUGCUCUCCUGCCAUUGCUGCUGCCGCUGAUCACACUGGAGACAUCCCUAUGUCGGAAGUGAUGUCAAAUGAGUUUGCAUUCGGUGUCAGUGGGAAGGGCCUUGUGAAGCCUUGGGAAGGAGAGAGAAUUCAUGAUGAGCCUGGAUCAGAUGAUUUAGAGCUCACGCUCGGUGGCUCAAAGUGCAGGUAAGAAGUUGUACAACCCGGAGAUGCUCUUCAGGCUGGUGUGACGAAGGGUCGAGGAAAGCAUCAAUUAUGCUUUCUAUUUUUUAUUCUCAUUUUCAUUUUUUCUUUGUAUUUCAAAUAUUUCAUUGUAUGUUUUUUUAAGCUGUAGGAUUAGUUUCGAAGUUAUUUUGCUGCUGUACUGUUUAUUGUUUAUGUUACCAGAUAUGAAUGAUGAUAUUGCAUGUGUACACAUUGGCUGCCUUCAUUUUUGUGGCACGCCACUGGAAGGAAUUUUCUGAAUUCAGUUGUAUGCCCCUGAUUCUUUCAAGAA